GAACUUCUCCGUGCAUAUUCUUUCAAUUCAACAGCAUUCAUUUCAUCAUCCAAAAACUAUAUUAUUUGUUAGCACAAAAUUUGAUCUGAAGAUGGAUAGUAGCUUAGGAGACAUGUUAUUGAAGGUGGCUAUGUUCGUCCUAGUCCAAGCUUUGGUGUACCUUAUCCUUUCAAAUUCAUCAAACAUAUUCUCCAAGAACAUCAAGAGAUCAAACAGCUUCAAGCCGGCGCGUUCCGUGAGUAUUCGUCGGAUGUUGGCUUAUCUCUCCGAUUUUCCUCCUGAAGGAGAACCAUCUCCUUCUACAAUGAGUCCUCAAUCACAAGCAACUCAGAGUUAGAAUCAAGUUUGUAUCAAGUAUGGCUCAGGCUGUUUGUAAAUAAUUUAUCUUAUUGUGAGGUUAGAGAGGAUAUUGCAAAAUUAGUUAAACAAUUCUAAGUAAAUUAUGGUGGGGUCUUAAAUUCUUUUAUUCAUUUAGCUUUUAAAUCAUAUAUCAUGUAAUAUAUUUAUGAAUGGAAUUGGAUUGGUAGUAGUUUGUUUUUGUUUGUAUA